AUGGCGGCCGCCACGAGCUGCGGCCGCGCCGCGCUGGGCGCGCUGUCCCGGGAUGGCGGCGGGACCGCGGCGCGGUGGCGACGGGUCCUGCCCCCGGGCCGCCCCUCCCUGCCCUGGGUGCCCGCUCGCGGCGCCGCGGCGGGGCCCAAGCCCGGGCCCGGGCGGGCCGUGACGGUGGAGGUGGGCGGCAGAAAGAUGGAGCUGUCUUCUGGAAAACUUGCAAAGUUUGCUGAUGGAUCUGCUGUUGUUCAGCUAGGUGACACAGCAGUGAUGGUCACAGCAGUCAGCAAAACCAAGCCCUCUCCAUCUCAGUUUAUGCCAUUAGUGGUUGACUACCGGCAGAAAGCUGCUGCAGCAGGAAGAAUUCCUACAAACUAUCUAAGAAGAGAGCUUGGUUCCACUGAUAAAGAAAUUCUUACAAGCAGAGUAAUAGAUCGGUCAAUCAGACCACUCUUCCCAGCAGGCUACUUUUAUGAUACACAGAUCCUUUGUAAUCUUUUAGCAGUAGAUGGUGUCAAUGAUCCUGAUAUUCUGGCAAUUAAUGGAGCUUCUGCAGCACUUGCCUUGUCUGAUAUCCCCUGGAAUGGUCCUAUUGGUGCAGUGAGGGUAGGGCUGCUGGAUGGAGAGACUGUUAUCAAUCCAACUCGGAAAGAGAUAGCCUCUAGUGCUCUAAAUUUAGUUGUUGCUGGAGCUUCACAAAGUCAAAUUGUUAUGUUGGAAGCAACUGCUGAGAACAUCUUGCAGCAAGACUUCUGCCAUGCCAUCAAAGUGGGGGUGAAGCAGACACAGCAGAUCAUCCAGGGCAUUCAGCAGCUGGUGAAGGAGCAGGGUGUGGUCAAGAGAACUGUCCAGAAAUUAUUUAUUGCUCCUGAAGAGAUUGUGGAACUUGCAAAGAAACUUGCUUCUAACAAGAUAUAUGCAGUGUUCACAGAUUCAAGCCAUGAUAAAAUUUCAAGAGAUGAGGCGAUCAACAAAAUAAGGCUUGAAACAGAAGAACAGCUGAAAGAAAAAUUUCCGGAGGCUGAGCCUUACGAAAUCAUGGAAUCUUUCAAUGUGGUUUCAAAGGAUAUUUUUAGAAAUCUAGUGCUAAAUGAAUAUAGAAGGUGUGAUGGGAGAGAUCUGACUUCCCUCAGAGACAUUAAAUGUGAAGUGAACAUGUUCAGAAUGCUUCAUGGAUCAGCCUUAUUUCAAAGAGGUCAAACACAGGUUCUGUGUACAGUUACAUUUGACUCUCUAGAAUCGAGUGUAAAGUCAGACGUUAUCUCCACAGCAGUGAGUGGAAUUAAAGAUAAAAACUUCAUGCUGCAUUAUGAGUUUCCACCUUAUGCAACCAAUGAGAUUGGCAAAGUUACUGGGAUGAACAGAAGAGAGCUUGGACAUGGUGCACUGGCAGAACGAGCUUUGAAACCAGUUAUACCCCAGGAUUUCCCAUUCACAAUCCGAGUUACUUCUGAAGUCCUAGAAUCAAAUGGGUCUUCCUCAAUGGCUUCUGCAUGUGGUGGAAGUUUAGCAUUAAUGGAUGCAGGAGUUCCGGUAUCAAAUGCAGUGGCAGGUGUAGCCAUAGGCCUCGUUACCAAGUGCAGUCAGGGAAAAGGGGAUAUCGAGGACUAUCGCUUGCUGACAGACAUCCUGGGAAUUGAAGAUUACUAUGGAGAUAUGGAUUUCAAGAUGGCAGGCACCAACAAAGGGAUAACAGCACUGCAGGUUGAUCUAAAGCUGCCAGGAAUACCAAUAAAAAUUGUGGUGGAAGCUAUUCAGCAAGCUACAGCUGCAAAGAGGGAGAUUUUACAAAUUAUGAACCAAACACUGGCAAAACCCAGACCUAACAGAAAAGAAAGUGGACCAGUUGUAGAAACGAUCCACGUUCCAUUAUCAAAAAGAUUAAGAUUCGUUGGUCCUGGGGCUUACAAUUUGAAAAAACUUCAAGCACAGACUGGUGUGACUGUAAGUCAGCUGGAUGAAGAGACAUAUUCUGUGUUUGCCCCCACACCGGGGGCAAUGCACGAAGCCAGGGAAUUCAUUGGGGAAAUCUGCAAAGAUGAUCAAGAAGUUAAUUUGGAAUUUGGGGCAAUUUAUACAGCCACAAUUACUGAAAUAAGAGAUUCUGGAGUGAUGGUAAAGCUGUACCCAAACAUGACCCCGGUAUUACUUCAUAUUUCACAGCUGGAUCAAAGAAAGAUUAAACACCCUAGUGCCCUGGGAUUAGAAGUUGGACAAGAAAUUCAGGUUAAAUACUUUGGCCGUGAUCCCACUGAUGGCAGAAUGAGGCUUUCACGUAAAAUUCUGCAGUCCCCAGCCACCAGCACCCUGAAAACCCUGACAGAAAAAAACAGCAUUGUCCUGGGAGGGGCUGUUCCACAGACAUCCACCUCAUCUCAGUGACUGGAAAAAAAGAUGUGAUAGUUGGUGAAAAUACCAAGUGACCUUUGCUAGAACCUCUACAUGUCCUCACAAGAAUCUGCAGGUGGAUGGUAGUGAAUCAUAUUUAUAAAAUAGACACUAUUUAUGCUUAAAGGCGAUGUAGAACUUCAAGGCCUUCAAAUUGAUUAAAAACUUUAAAAUAAAACCAGGAGCAAGCAAUGCCCUCAUCUUGUGUAGCAAAGUUGAGAAUACAAGAACAUGGAAUUCUGUAGACUGAGAAGAUAUUUCAGUGCUAAAGGUUAUUCUCCUUUGAGUUAUCCACUCAAAAUAAAACUGAAUAUGAGAAGUAAGAACUGAGCAGCUCUUAUGUGGGAGAAAGAAUUACCCUGUACGCUUGGUCAAGAGUCACACUUGGCCAAAGUUUUACUGGCUUUUCAGUGUACAGGAAUGUUGAGCAAGGCAUAAAGACUUAGAAGUAUCACCUUUAACAUGAUGGAUGCUGUUUUAGAUUAAUACAUCACUCUCAAAAUGUUCAGACCUGCUACAAUAUCUGAGCAGAAUUUGGCUGAAACAUCACCCCUUGUCACCUGGGUUCAUUAGCACUGACUUUUAAAAUGCAUAAUUAAAACAUUAAAAUUAAAAUACUUUUUUUGGAAUGAAUAAUUGGUGUGAUAAAUAUUUCCCUAAAACACUCUCGUUAAGAAUGUCUUAGUCCUAUUAGUUACGUUGCAUCAGUGGGUUCACUGAUCUCUUUUAGACUUCAAAACAUUUCCCAGGGGCUCAUGAGAAUGACUUGUUUUUCUACUGUGAGGUAUAGACUUUGAAAAUCAAACAGGGUCCUUCUGAUGUUCACCAAUUGGUAUGCAGGACUAAUAAGAAAAUCAACUUCCCACCUGGUGGCAGGUGGGCUCUGAACCACCUGAAAGAAAAAACAAAGCACUGGGGAGAGGAGAAGUGGGAAUACUAAAAAUGAGUCCUUUUUUUUCAUUCUAACUUAAAGUAUUAAAGAAGAAAGAAAUGACUGGUAUGCUGCUCUGUAGUUGUCUCUGUCUUUCAUCAUGUAAGACUGAAAAAUUGAAAAAGUUUGGAAAGAUUGAAGAAAGAUUUCCUUGGCAAUCUUUUCCUCCUCUUUGAGGUCUGUGUCUUAUUAUUUCUUAGUAAGAAUUCAGAUGUGACUUCUUACCGUGACAGUUGCCUAGUACAUGAUUGUUACAUAUGAAUAAUGUUAAUAAAAUUAUGUAGGUCAAUGUUAAAGAAA